AUGACCGCCUCGGCAGAGCUGCAGUUCGCCAACAGCAGGUAUGAGCGCUACACGUCAGCCGGCGGUGAACCCGGCCCUCAGCGUGGUAUGCUGGCAUCCCCAUCCUCCCCGGCGAGCUUCCUGUCCCACCUCCCUUCAGAGGCGUACACCAGAGAAAUUUCGAGCAGAGUGGGGAGGCACCGGCGGGGCAAAGGCCUGAGACGGGCGACUCCUGGGCGGGCAGCCCAUCGUGGGAGCACAGGCGGCGAGGGCUUUGGCCUAUUCCAACAGCAUUUACGACCUCUGACCGGCGUGUCGCCGCCGUCGACGGCACAGUCUGCGUUCAGACCGGCGGACUAUGGCUUCGAGAGUCUGCGCCCGACGGCUCCAUCCGCGGCGGCCUUCGGAGGCCAUGGUGGUCGCAGCGGGAGAAAAAACGACAUCUCUGAGGGAGAUCUCGAAAAAAGGGCCGGAGCGUACCCGACACCGAGGACGGCUGGUAGCAGCAUCGACCACAAUAGUAAGACCCACACUUCAGCAGCUCCACUAGGAAGGGGAAAGCUGAACGCGCAUUAUCAACACAACAAUGAUCCGCACGUCUCCCCCGGACAAGGUCGGGGGAUAAUGGUGCCCCCGGACAUUGUAAAAGCAAUAAAGGAAGGAGACAAGCCACGGAGGAACAGCGGGCUAAAGAUGGACGCAGAUGCCCUUCACUGCGAAAAAGUAGAGAAGGAGAUCGCCGAACGCUUUGAGGUCGUGGCCGGCGGUAUCGAAAAGCUCGAGGACGUGUUCAGUGGCGCGGCGCAGAUACUGGAGCACCGGGUCCGCGCGAUAACGACCAUCAGCAGCGUCAUCCGCAUGUUUCUGCAGAGGUGCCGCUAUCUCCGAGGCAAGGAAGCUCUCAGGGCUUGGCGGACCAACAACAGCUUGCGCGUGCUUCAAUGCAUGCGUCAUGAAGUCUUUCGACAGAAGAAGAUCGAGGCUGGUCUGGACAGGGGAGUUGGCGAGGCGGGGGCUUCGUCGGCAGCAAGAAGCGAGGGAAAGGGUUGUCAAGAGGGCGGUGGCCAGGGGAGAGCUGGGCCUGUAUGUCACGGAUGCUAUGGUUCGGCAGGAGAUGUCAAGACAAGCCGUCGAACUCAUGCGUGGAAAGGUGGAAGUAAACUUGUACCGAUCGGUGUUGACACGCCUGCAGCAGGCCGUAGUUCUGCGCAAGAGGAGGGAAGUUGCGGCUAG